UGUGCGUGCGCGAAACCGGACCUCCGAGACACCGAUUUCCCUCUUCUCUCUCCGCGCGUUGACAUCUCGCCGUUCGGCGAAGAAGCGAAGGAAGAGGAGGAAGAGAGGAAGAACGAGGAGGGAAAAAAAGGGAGAGGAGAAAUAUACCGCGGGCGACAUGUACUCCGACGGCCACGAGGUGGACGGCAGCUGGGUGCUGCGCGUCUUCGUGACGGAUUUGCAGGUCGAGAGGAGCCUACGCGUCAAGGGAGAGCUGCACAUCGGCGGUGUCAUGCUGCGCCUCGUGGAAGAUCUCGACAUCGCCAUGGACUGGUCGGACCACGCGCUUUGGUGGCCGGAACGGAAUCACUGGCUGACAAGAACACGCAGCACCCUGGAUCAGUACGGCGUGGCGGCGGAUGCGCUGCUGCAUUUCACGCCGAUGCACAAGACCCUGCGGGUGCAGCUGCCGGACAUGCGGUGCCUCGACUGCCGCGUCGACUUUUCCGUCAAGACGUUCAACGCGGUCAUCAAUUUGUGCAAGGAACUCGGCAUUCGACACCCGGAGGAGCUCUCGUUCUGCAAGCCGCUCGAGCUGAAUCAUCUGAAAUACAAUCUGAAGGAUCUGCCAGCCAAGAAGAAAAUCGAGAAUCAGAAGAACGGGCAUUGGAACGUACCGGCCGAUACGAAUACCUUCAUCCCGGUCAGUCAGAGUCCCAGGGGAUCUACAGGAAGCUUAGAUCAAUCAAGUCCGUUCAUGUGCGCGCCGGUUACGCCCAACAACAGAAAUCACAGCACGCCGAUCAGCUCUCCUGUUUCACAUACCGGUACAUGGAAGAGAAACAACAAUUCCUCUGGCUUCGGCAGCACCGGCUCCUUCAACGCCAACAACAGCACCAUGAGCCUGGAGGCGCUGAAUGGCGGGCUGACAGAGUCCCUGGCGCAGAGCCCGACGUCGAUCUCGCCGGAGGUGCGGGUGAAGCUGAUCAGGCCAAAGAGCCUGAUCGAGAGGGCGAGGAUGAACGUCUCCUGGCUGGACUCCUCCCUGUCGAUCAUGGAGCAGGGUAUUCGCGAAUUCGACACCCUCAGGCUGAAGUUCAAAUUCUACUCGUUCUACGACCUGAAUCCGAAGACCGACGCGGUGCGCAUCAACAUGAUUUACGAGCAGGCCAAGUGGCAGCUGCUCGCGGAGGAGAUCGACUGCACCGAGGAGGAGAUGCUGAUGUUCGCGGCGCUUCAGGUACAAGUGAAUCUUCAGGCGAGCGUGCCGCAGCCUAUGUAUGACAGCAACGGAGCGUCUUCGCCCGUCGAGGACGACAUCGACGCCGCCCUGACGGAUCUGCAGGUGACCCUGGAGGGCAGCAACAUCAGCAACGGGCCCAGCGACAUCACGCAGGUGCCCGAGCUCUGCGACGAGCUGCGUUUCUUCAAGCCGAAGCGCUUCACGUUGAAGGCCUUCAAACGUUAUUGGUUCACGUGCCGUGACCUCCAGCUCAGGCUCUACAAGAACAGGGAGGAGGUGGCCGGCUCGGAGUCGCCGGUCUACGUGAUCAAUUUGCGCGGCUGCGAGGUCACGCCGGACGUACAUCUGUCGCAGGGUCGCUACGGGAUCAGAUUGGAGGUGCCCAGUGCCGAAGGCAUGACCGAGAUGUGGAUAAGAUGCGACAAUGAACAACAAUAUGCAAAGUGGAUGGCCGCGUGCAGAUUAGCAGCCAAGGGCCGUACUCUUGCCGACGCGUCUUACGAGAGCGAAGUCAAUAGUAUCAUGGCCUUCCUGCAACUGCAAAGGCCCGCGCCCGCACCCGCCAUCAAUCCGACUGCCUUGGACAUCGUACCGGAGGAUUAUGUCGCGCCCAGAUUUGCGAAGAAAUUCAAAGGAAAGUUGGUUCAAAGGAUCUUGGAAGCACACGCGAACGUUAAAGAUUUGCCUCUCAUCGAGGCAAAGCUUAAUUAUAUCAAGGCCUGGCAGUCCUUACCGGAAUACGGUAUCUCACUUUUCAUCGUGCGAUUUACCGGUAAGAGUAAGGACGAACUGCUGGGUAUCGCCAAUAACAGGCUAAUGCGGAUGGAUCUUCACAGUGGCGAUCACUUAAAGACUUGGAGGUAUAAUACCAUGAAGGCGUGGAAUGUUAAUUGGGAAGUCAAGCAUAUGAUGGUACAAUUCGAGGAAGAGAAUAUCAUUUUUGAAUGUCAAUCAGCAGACUGUAAGGUCGUCCAUGAAUUCAUUGGAGGCUACAUCUUUCUAUCAAUGCGCUCGAAGGAGGCGAAUCAAACGUUGAACGAAGAGAUGUUCCAUAAAUUGACCGGAGGAUGGGUGUAAUCUAGAACUCCAAUGCGAGUGCAUAGAAUCGAAACGAGUUCUAACAUAUUCUGAGAAGCGAUGAAGCGGUAAUGAGAUGCGCCCCGCGCAUUAUCAUGCGUCGCGCUUGUUUGCGUGCCUAUUUAAGGACCGACUGUUUUUGCAUGCUGGUUGACACUUGUAAAAAUACUUAAAUCUGGUCGUAUUUAUCAUGUUUUAACACUAUAUGCUGUAAAUAGAAUAUUGUGUCCCUUUUACGCGUGAGCGUAAAAGUUUUAGGGAGUUACAGUUAUUUUUAUCUGACAGGAGGCUACUUCACAUGUUGAUGUGUCUACCUUUUUAAGGUAACUAAUAAUGUUAACCAUAAUUGCGGCCUCUUUCACGAAAAAAAAACAAUUCAUUUUCUAUAUUUACAAUGAUUUUAUACAUAGACGUCUGCAAACUAUAUAUUUUACAUAUGGAGAUUAUACUUUUAUACUAAACUUUUCUACUUAAAAAAAGAAUCUUGUCAUUGAAUAAAUAAUGCCGAAUUUAGGACCAAAAACGUCAAAUCUGCACAAACAAAAAAUCUGUGAAACAUAUCGUUGUGUGUUAGGUAACACUCUACAAUACAAAGAAAAUUAUUUCGGUUAAUUCAAUUCUUUAACCCUUACAGGGGCACUGGGCCCAUACAUAUAUGACCAGUACUUACAUGGUUUACAUACCGUAGUUUUAUUAUUGUUGCUUUUACAAUUUAGCCAUAAUAAUCGUUUUAAUUUUUCUAACUUUGAAAUAUUAUAUAAUUUUUACAAAUGUUUUUUUUCGCAGGCUUAAUUUUUUGUAAAUAAAUAAACAAUUAUAUAUUUUUGUGAAAAAAACGAGAAAUGUGGAAAUUUUUAAAGUCUGACAUCGAAUUUAUAAACAAUAACCUCAAAAAUCUAUAAAUAAUAAGAUUGUCGUAAACAAUUUUCAGUUUAAAAAAUUGUUUUUUAUUGACGGCAACUAUCUUGGGUCUGCUAUAUUGAAUUUUUCAAAUCUUCAUAUUCGUAAUCAGCAACCAGAAAUACAUGUUUUCAGAAAAAUCUAUUGAGCCGUCUAAUUGUGCCCCUAAAAGGAUUAAGGAAGUAUAGACGCGAAACCCUGUGAUUUCGAUGUGGUUUUAUAUAUCGCGUCUCCCGAAAUAAUUAAUAUGAAAAUUAUUUUUACAGUUAUAAGACUUCUUUUAUAUCGCGUAAAAAGCCUCGUAAUCCUCCCUCUCAUAAUGCGUGUCAGUGUCCUCUUUAAUGUCAUAAGGUGCUAUACUAACCGAGCUCGACUUUACAACGCAAGAGAUCGAAUCGUGUAAAUUAUUUGUUAUUUUAAUGUAAAUUAGAUGUAGAGAAAAAUAUAUCACUUAUACCGUUAUAUAUUAAAUCCACAGAAGAUAUCCCGUUAUAUGUGUAACAAAAAAAAGAUUAUAGUUUUGUAUAUUAAUAGACAGUAACUGUACAAUAAACUUAUUAAUGUA